UUUUUGAAAUUAGUUCUAUUCAGUCUGUGAAAGUGUUAGCGAAACAACGGAUUUCAGCCGAAAAAAGCUUCUGCGUGACGUCAAAUACGAGCAGCUAAUCUACUAGUCAAUGGUAGUACGUCGAUCAACUGAUCAGCCGACCGUUCACCGCCCACCGCGUACACGCACAGUACACAGUAAGCUCGCUCUCCGCAUGGGCGCGCACCCAUACACACAUACGCACAUGUGAAUGUUGUAAACGUUUGGUGGCAAAGCUAAGUGAGCAGUGAUCGACGCGUAAAGAAACGAAAGUUUUUCAUUUUCUUCGCUGUUUUCGGCGGCUACGUACAAUCAAAUCGACAUACCCAUUGGUUGGUGGUGGCGCGUAGUCGUUUUGGUGUUUCGCUUAUCGUUUGCUGAACACAGUUUUCAUUGUUUUUAUUUUUGUUAUUUUAUUUUAUUUUGUGCGGAUUGCGUCUUGCACCCCUUUUUGCCUUUUUCCCUCAAUUGCUGUUGGGUCUUUUUUUUUUCAAUUCUCUCUCGACAUUUCGCCUGCUUGCGCGCGACGGAUUUGACGGCAGGGAAGUCGGCGACGUCGAUGUCGACAUCGAUGAAAGCAGCGCGGCAACUGCGAGCGAUCGGAGAAUUUCUCUAAAUAAACGCAGCGCACUGGUGCAGUUCAGUAACGCGUAAAAAUUUCACUGCAACGGUUUGCUCCGCCAACAGCAACGGAUGACGGCUGACUCAAGCGACAAAUAAUCGAAAGAAACAACAUAUUCAAAAUACAAAAAAAGGAAUAUAGUAAUUAAAACUUAUUCUGUAAAAGUUUACGAUUCCCAGUGAAUUAUUAAAUAUAUGAGAAAUUCAGAAUUUUUAAUGUCCAUUUUGAAACUUUUCUACGAAAUUUGUAAAAAGUGCCAAAACUAGCAGUGAGUGCGCACGGUUGGAAAGCGCGAAGCAGACGUAUAAACGACAUUACAAAACAAGAAAGGAGAAGUAGCAGUAGCAGUGUCGAAAAUCCAUUUAUAACACUGAACACAGCGAAAGAUUGAGAAAGAAGUGGUAGGAUCUAUCACUUACGACGACUCCUCGUGCGAAUAUCCAGUUGCGUAUACGUCCAGGAGUGCGCGUGUCGCUUAGCUGUGUGAAAAAUACACACAGAAAUCACUAACAACAAUCACAAGAGAAACAACAAAAAGCAACGAACAUGUCACAUCAGUGCAGUUGUGGUCGUGAUCUCAACAACAACUAUGUCUCCUAUACGAGCGCCUACGCUAAUGGCAGCUCAAGUCUGGAUCGUGAAGCGAGUAGCAGCCUUUCGGGCAGCGGCGUCGGUGGUGGCAGCAAAUCAGCCAUGUCAGGCAAAACUACCCAGCUGACGGCGAAAGUGAUGUUCGGCACAGUGGGCGCAAUUAAGGAUCUGCGCGAGAAGGAAAAGUCGCGGCAUGCGACUACGCGUGCCACUGAUCGGCGCAAUUGAGUGGCAGGGCACAGCAACGGACAGGGUUGACUGUGUGUGAAGGAUGCAACUGAGGUGAGCAUAGAGAAAGGAUUUUUAUAAAGCUAUUCAGUAGGCAUUGUGAUGAGAGAGAAAAGAGAUGGAGAUCAGAUAGUUGAAAUUUGUGGUUGCCGAAGAGGUGACAAGCCACAUCAGCGGCAGCAGCAGUCAACUAUUAUACUUAGUGUUGUAAGUGCGCAUACUGGUGAUGAUAUACAAAGCUGUGGCGUAUUGAAGCAGGUGGAACGGUUUGCACAGUUAGUUUAAGUGGUCUUGCACAACGAGGCCUUCCGGAACUUUCCAGAAAAAUGCACCACAAUCAUGCGAGAACUAAACGAAUUGUACUCUCUGCAUUUGCAUGUAAGUGAGCACUUUUAGUAGUUAAAAUUCUUGGAAAAUUCCCCAGCUCAGCUAUAAAUAAAUGUAAAUAUUUGCAUAGAUGCUUAUUUGCCUAGGAAAAUUAUGAUUACUCUAUUUGUUACAAACUUAUGGUCGGAUAUAUAUGUAUCAAAUCACUUACUUACUUAGUUACAUACAUACAAUUGUAAGUUGUUUUAAUUAAGAAAAAUGUUUUUAAUUUGAAUAUUCAAAUGCAAAACGUCUUUUUGCUGGGCAUUUUUGUCGAUAAGUUAAUAAUUAGUUAUUUUUAAUGUAUUGUAUUGUAGUAUUUUGUUAAACAAGACAUUCAAUUUGCUAAUUUUGCUUGCAACAAAUACAGUACACGACAAAAAUAUAGCACUUGCACAUUUAAGUUUUUCGUUGUAAUGCAAGUUUCUACAUUUUUCAUUUUAAGUUAAAUUAAAUAAUAUAUUACCACAAGAUUAACGAGUACUGUUUAUAUAUAUAUUUUUGCUGAAGUGAGCCCAUUUGACUCAUACAAUGAAAUUGAAGAUAUUUACAAAAACAAAAAAACAGUUCGAACCAAAUUGAAAUAAAAGAUCUAUUUUGAAUUACUUCAUUGGGAAACAUAUUUUUCGCUAUCACUCUGUUUUUGAAAUAUAUUUUCCGUAAACACUUGUAUUGCAUUUAGUACAAAGGCUCCUACAUCUAUUUCUCUUGCAUAAUACUUGAACUGCACAAGCCGUCGGUACGUCAACACCAUGAAUUUUCGACAUGGGAAAUGUUCUCUACAUCGUCUCUAUUGUGUUUUCUUGACUCCUCUGCUAAUUAGAUAACAAAAACCUUACUUGAAUUGUCUUACUUGGGUGGCCUCUUUGUAUAGAAUCCAAACUUCAAGUUCGGUGCAUGAUUUUAUAUAUGCCAGCAUACCCUCGUCAAUAAUCAAUUUGAAAGCACUACUUACCGAACCAACUUUUUAGUCUUUAUGCCUUUUGGCAUAGGCAGUUAGACUCGAGACCUCUUUGAAUACGUUAUAGCCUGGUAAUCUCUCUAUCUUCUUUCAAUGCCUUCAAUAAAUUCACAUCUGCACCUUUUUCAGUGGAAAUUUCCCAAUUGGAAUUUCCUAAUUGCAAGAUAUAUCAAUGAUGCCCUUAAAGAAGUCGCAGGUGCGGAUGACCAUUAAACACAUGGACACGAUUAGUUGAAACAGAAGCGCAUCGAGCAGGCCGUUAUUGGCGACAAAUAAAAUUGAUUGCUUUGUAAUCGACCUAACUUUAACUUUUUGGUCGGCCGCCGUAGCCAAAUGGGUAGGUGCGUGAUUACCACUCGAAAUUACGUGAUUACCACAAAAAUGGUAAUCUGGCUAUACUGGCUAAUACGACGUCCCUCAUAGUCGAAUUCACUGAGAGCAAAGUAACGGUAGCACAAUAGGCGCCAUCUCAUUAUUCUUUUCAUCGUGGGAGCUAUCGUCAUAUUCUUCUCUUCACUACUAAAAAAUUCAGUGCUCUUGACUUUCUCCCCUAUUUCUAUUUCACUAUCUCAUAGUACAAAUAACAGAAAAGAAGUUUCCCUGUGACUUAAGGCUUCACAAUUGGUGAUAAAGUGUUCCAUGGACUCUUCUUCAUCACAGCAGAACUUGCAUAAACUAGUGCGAGAUAGUCCGAUUGUAUUGAAAUGUUUAUUGCCGGGAAAUUUUUAUUGCCGGCAAAGUGGCCUGUGAGUGCUCCACAGGGUAAUCUGAAGCUUAGGGUUUGUCUAGGGUUAGAGCAGAUUUCGGUCUUUUGCUGUUAUGAAUUUUUUUAAUAAAAUAACUGGCCUCUAUGUACACGUAGUUCCAAUAUUUCCUAUUAGAUGAAUUAGAUGAAGUUUUGUUUUAAUAGCAGAUGUUAUAGGUGCUAUAUUUUUGUUGUGUACUGUAUCUUGAACUAAAAUAUUAUUUGAUUUCUUUUACUUACGGUGCAAUUAACUCCCUGGAGAUGCAAGAAAACGUAUAUAUAAUUCUGAAAAGAUAGGUUGGCGUUAAUUUAAAGUAGAGAGUUUACGUUAUUUGCCAAUAGGCAACUUUUUUUUUUGAACAUGCAAGUAAAAAAACGAGUUUUUAAUGAAGCGGUGAAAUUUUUUGCUACUACUGUCAUGGUCAUAUUGUUGAAAUUAAUAUGAUUUUUAAAAUUAAAAAUUGAUUUUGAAAUAAAAAAUGCGAGUAUUUUUCGAUACAUAAAUUUUUUUUUCAACCAAUAUAAAAUGUUUAUUAAUAAUAAAAUAUUUUUGUUUCGUUUUCUUGAUUUUUUGAAAAGUAGUCUCACAUAUUCUUCUUCUUCUUAACAUCACAGUCCUUGAUGAACCAUUGCUUCAUUCACAGCCUUACGCCAUCUAUCUCUAUCCAAGAUAACCUCCUUCCACCGCCGCACGUUUAACUUUUCAAGGCCAACUUCCACGUCUUCGAGCCAUCUCUUUCUAGGGCGUCCUCUUCUUCGAGCUCAAACCGGCCGUAAUUCCACUGCCUUUCGAGUUGUUGUCUUCUUUGGCAUUCUAAGCACAUGUCCUAGCCAUUUCACCUCCUAAGAUUUUAUAAAUCACAGUUCCGUUUUUUUGCUAAUAGUUCCAGCUCAUGAGUGUAUCUAAUUCGAUAGGCACCGUCUUGCAGUCUUACAGAUCCAUAUAUUUUUCGCCAUAUUUUUCUUUCAAAUACCAUUAGCUGAUGUCAGUAGUUUUUAGCCUCCAUAGUUCGCGACCAUAGGUAAGCACGGGGUGGAUCAAGUUGUGUAUAUCCUUAACUUUUGGUCGCGACUUAAUAAUUUACACUUCAGCAGCUACAAAUUAAAAAAGCAAUACUUGUUAGCUGCUAAAACUCUAUUAUUUAUUGUCACUGAUGUAUUCUUACUGGCUGAUAUUUUCAUAUUUUUGAUACCCAGAUAAGUGAGUUUUUGUACACUCUCGAAAUCAUGCCUCAAACCGGAGUCGGUUCGGUCCAUAAACUUCGUUUUCUCUGUAUUAAUUCUUAGCCCAGUAUUUCGUAUAAUUUUUUUUUAGGUUGCCAUAAAAAAUAUACCAUCUGCAUUUGCACAAAGCUGGAACGGCUUGUUGUUUAGAGUUCCGUUUGGAUUUAUUUCGGUGCGUGUAGAACUCGGUUGAAUGUCAAUGUUAAUAAAGCGUCUCUCUUUUUAACUCCUGAUAUUAUGAGAAAUGGCUCUGAGCACUCUCCUGCACUAAGCCCUUCGCCAUGGUAUUUUUUAGCGUCAUAUAAAAAGCUCAAUUAGGCCGGCGGGCCAAUUAGAUGUCCUAAAUUCAGUAGUUUUCGCGAAGCGUUGUAGGAUGAGAAAAAAAACAAUUAGCCAAAUGAAGUAUUGGGGAUAGUUUAAUAUAUAUUUAAACUAAAAAAAAAAAAAUUUGUACAAUCUCCAACAAUAUAUUGUAAGCCGAGUUAUCAAUAGAUUCCCAGAGCGCCUUGCCACUGAAGUAUCCAACUUCUGUACAAGAUACAACUUGCAAUUUUCAUCUGAAAACAAAAAAAAAAAAGAUUAUUAAUUUUGAUGUAAUUGUCUUCGAUGUGAACUAAGAAAAUUGGGAGAAACACGUAAAAUUCGAAUUUUUGGGGAAGGUAGAAAAAAAAAGUGGUUUUUCAAGGGAAAAAAAACUCUUCAACUGGGUAAAAAAGUCGCUUAAAAAAAGUUUUUGGAUGUUUUUUUUAGUUCACAUAGAAGAGAAAACAAUACUGAAGAUAACGCAUUUUGAAUGAAAUGGAUAGCUCGUUUAGUUUUUUUGCAAUCGUGUACAUAAAUUAGGAAAAAUCGUGAAAAUGAAAAGCCGAGAAAAUGCGCUUCAAAGUUUUCGAU